AUGCAGACCCGGUUACCCUUCACUUUCCGUUUAACCGUUGACUCAUUCCUCCGCACCGUUCCCCGCCAACCCCGCCAACUUCGAUAUUCCACAACCAACCAACCCAGCAAUCGCAAACCAGCAAUGGACCACGAACAUCAUACAGACGCUCAUCGGCGCCCGAAGAAGCUAAUCUUCGCACCAGGCGACAUUGCACCAAACUCCAAUGAACCAACCCCAGAACCACAACCCCAAGCAAUCCCCGCCCCAACAACCACCCUAGAAGCCCUCCGCACGUCAACUUCAACCCCAAACUCCACAACGGAAACCGAAGUCCUCUCGAACGCCGCACGCGCCCACCAAUUCGGCACAAACCCACCAUUAACAAUCUCUCAAAUCCACGGCACAAACCCACUCCACCAAUUCAACACCUGGUUCCGCGACCCCCGCCUCCCAGCCUCCUCCGCGCCAGAGACAUGCACUCUAUCAACAGCCUCGCUCCCCUCAGGCCGCGUCAGCGCGCGCGUCGUAUACCUCAAAGAACUCGACGAGCGUGGCUGGGUUGUCUACAGUAACUGGGGUAGUCGUGAAGGCAAAGGCGGACAAGUUUUCGGAGGCGCGAGUGGUGAUACGCUAGAUGCCAUGCCGGAACCGGACUCGGACUCGGAACAAGCUACCAUCACGGCGGAGGUCGGGUCUGGAAAUAAAUGGGGCGCACUGACGUUUAGCUGGGCGAGUGUUGAGCGGCAGGUUAGGGUUGAGGGGUUGCUUGAGCCGCUGAGCAGGGAGGAGAGUGAGUUGUAUUGGCGGACGCGUGAGCGGGGCAGUCGUAUUGGGGGAUGGGCCAGUUGGCAGAGUCGGGUUUUGUGGGCUGCGGAGCCUGAGCAGAUGGCGGAGAAUCAGAGGAGGAAGAGUGUGCUGACGGAUGUUGAGGAUGGGAGGGCAUUGUUGGAGGCUAAGGUUAAGGAGAUGGAGGAGAGGUUUGCGGGUGUUGAGGAUAUUCCCUUGCCGCCGUUUUGGGGUGGUGUUAGGCUUGUGCCGGAGUCUGUGGAGUUCUGGCAGGGACGUCGGAGUCGCUUGCAUGAUCGGUUCCGAUAUGUGCGUGUUGAGGGGCAGGGCGAGGAUGCUAAGUGGCGGGUUCAGAGGUUGUCGCCAUAG